CCAGCACCGCGCCGUCGAGCGUGACCGGCGCCCGCACCUCAAUUAAUCGCACGUCGACCCCCCCACCACCAUGGCGCUCGCUCGACCGCUGCCGCCGCUGUGGCAGACGCUGAUGCCGGCCCUGGGCGGCCUCAAUGGCCCCGUCCGCGCUGUCCGCCCCGUCCUGCUCCUGCCGUUCCUGCAGCGCCUCGCCCAGGCCACGCCGUUUGCCGCGCUCGCCAUACCGUCGCUGUCGCUGCCGUCGUUCCCGUCGCUGGGCGACAUCUGGGACGGCAUCCUCAAGGCCGUGCCCAAGAAGAAGACGUCGUACAUGAAGAAGCGCUCCCGCUUCCUGGCAGGCAAGGGCAUCGAGGACAUCACGUCGCUGAACAAGUGCUCGGCGUGCGGGCGGACAAAGCGCGCCCACAUUCUGUGCCCUUACUGCGUCGACGCCAUCAAGACCAACAUCUUCCGCCAGCUCAACUGGUCCAUCAGGCGGCCCACCGAGAAGCAGUCCAAGCAGCUGCGCCGCGAAACCCGCCAGUACGCCCAGAAGAACCGGUCGAUGGAGGCGGACCCUCGAGAGGAGCAGAAGGAGCAGAUCCUCAAGCACACCGGCUGGACGUUCAAGAAAUCCUACGUCAAGGAGAAGGAGUCCAAACGGUGAGACGCAGAGCAUGCGCUCCAACAGGAUAAAUGAAUUCGAGGGCACGUGUCUGGCUCGGGCGGAGGGAUCACAAGCUUACUGGAGGGAUCACAAGUUUACUGAACACCCAGCUCACUGAUCACCAAGCCUGCUGGGGACCACGAGACGGGUCGUGUACAAUAUAGACCAGAGAGUGUAUAAGACGGGACGGAUGAUACUGUAUCAUAGUCGGCGAGCAUACCACUGGCGCAUUUGAACUUCAAUCAACAGCCCACGGGGCCACAACAUCAGAAGGAGCUAGUCUGAACCUCAUUGCACACUUCAACAUUCAUCACCCUCUUCCGCC